UCUCUGUGCGGGUUAAAGGGACGCCAACUGCCGGUCCAUGCGCGGAGGUAUAACCCCCCCACUGACCAUUAAAGGCACGCUCCACACUCACCUGUGAGAGGAAUGUGGAGAUCAGAUUUAAAAUAUUCAGCUCACAGCAGCUUUUCCUGAAGAUUCUAGUGGACUGCUUCAGCUCGAACCUCCACCCACAACCUUUAGUGAUCUGCACCUUCACCUGAACACAACCUGAGCCUCCACCUACAGGAAACUCCCCGUGGGCUCCACAGUCACAGCCUGAACCUCCACCCACAGCCGCUGCCUUCAGGUGCUGGUUGCAUGGCUGUGCACAAAUUCAGCUUUAUGUUUGAAGCCACCUUCUGCAAUCCGCUGGUUGGCCAAAGGGAGGAGAGUGCUGGUGAUGAAGAUGAGGGAACUGUUCCUGGCCAUGAGAUGCUGCAGGGUUGUGGGUGGCAGAGAGGAGGAGCUGUUGGACCGCAGUGGCACCAGGUCCUCCCCGUGCAGGUGAAUGUGGGAAGGGCUGAUAGUUGAUGAUGAGUCUAAUCUCCGAUACAUUUACUGUUUCCUCCUGUUUGAGUUCUAAAUGCUACAAACUGGUGAAUCAGGUUUCCACACAGCCCUAACCGUAAGACCCACGUUGUAAUGAAGCCUGUGAGACUCUGGUACAGUGCACGACCUGCUGGUGUGACAGGUGAGAUACAUGACGCACGUACAGAGUGGCGCUGCUCCUCCGUGGACGGUUCCAACUGUUUACGCACGCGGAAAAAAACCUCGAGGCGUGCCUGAAAUCUGGAAAAGAUAAUUACACCAGUGUUUGUUUUUAUCUCCUAUAUAUAUAUAUAUAAUACAUCAUUAAACAUCUUCCCUCCCCUCCACAAAUGUUACUAAUCGUGUAUCGUCGUGCGUAAAAUGGUUGGCUCCACUGGCACGCUGCUGUCUAUAAGCUCCCUUAAAGCUCUUUAAGUCCCUCAGUUUUACCUCAGACUCAGAGCAACAAUGAGCCACGGAGACCGUUACACCUCGUCAUCCUACCGGAAGAUUUUCGGGGAGUCUCCUAGGUUUUCUGCCUCCUCCUCCCGCAUGGGCAGCGCCUCCACCCGGAGCUCCCCGGGGCUCAGGCCCAUGGCCCGCAUCAGCUCGGCCCCCAUGAACGUGUACAGGCGGAUCGGCCGGUCCUCCACCUCUUUCUCGUCGAUGCCCGGCGACUUCCUCGACUUGAACCAGACCUCCAUAGUCAACAGUGAAUUAAAAGUCAUCAGAACUAACGAGAAGGAGCAGCUGCAGGGUCUGAAUGACCGCUUCGCCGUGUUCAUCGAUAAAGUGCGGCACCUGGAGCAGCAGAAUAAAGUGCUGGAGACGGAGCUGGUGACGCUGCGGCAGAAGCAGAUCGAGCCGUCCCGCGUCGCUCAUGUCUACCAGCAGGAGAUGAGGGACCUGCGAUCCCAGUUGGAGGAGCUGAGCAGGGACAAGAACCGCAUCCUGAUCGAGAAGAACAACAUGGAGGACGAGCUGCAGAAGCUCAGUGUGAAGUAUGAUGAGGAGACGAGGGCGCGGGAGGUAGCCGAGCAGACCUUGAGGACCUUCAGGAAGGACGUGGAUGACGCCACAGCUGUUCGCCUGGACCUGGAGCGCCGCUUGGAGUCGCUGAUGGACGAAAUCUCCUUCCUGAGGAAAGUGCACGAUGAGGAGAUGCAGGAGCUGAGCAGCAUGAUGGAGGCGCAGCAGGUCUCCGUGGAGCUCGAGCUCGCCAAACCGGACCUCACUUCUGCCCUGAAGGAGAUCCGCAGCCAGUACGAGUCCAUCGCCUCCAAAAACCUGCAGUCCGCCGAGGAUUGGUACAAGAGCAAGUUUGCCAGCCUCAGCGAGCAGGCCAGCAGGAGCAGCGAGGCAAUGAGGGCCAGCAGGGAGGAGAUCAAUGAGUUCAGGAGGCAGCUGCAGUCCAGGACCAUUGAGAUUGAGAGCCUGAGAGGCGCCAAUGAGUCUCUGGAGAGGCAGAUCACAGAGAUGGAGGAUGCACACAACUCAGAAGUCUCAGCCAUGCAGGACACUAUUGGCCACCUGGAUACUGAGCUGAGGAACCUGAAGGGUGAGAUGGCCCAGCACCUGAGAGAGUAUCAGGACCUGCUCAACGUCAAGAUGGCCCUGGACAUAGAGAUAGCUGCCUACAGGAAACUGCUGGAGGGGGAAGAGACACACUUUAACUCAGGGAUGUCGUUUGGUGCUGCCAGCUACAGCUACCAGCCUCAAGCCUCAGCCGGCUCCUCCAAGAGCAGCAAGAGGGAGAAAGAAGGGGCCACGAAGGAAAGCUUCAAGGAGAGCAGUGAGGAUAAAGAUGAGGCAGACAUCAACUCCAACUGACGAAAGACAGACAGGGAAAUCUGGAGAUAUACCGUAUAUGUAUAGUGAGUUCAUAGUCACACAUUGUAUUUAUUAGGGGCAACAGUAAGAAAUGUUUUGGAAUCAGAGCAGAAAGUCAGUAUCCUAAAAAAUACAGUUUUAGUUGGGCAUAGGACUCUGAAACUAUCAAAUUUUAUCCGAAUAAAAGCAGAGGUAAACAAAGAAAACGAACCUGAAAAUGUAGGCCAUGUGUACUUUACGUCUCCAGAGGAGAUGCAAAUAUUGUACCAGAGUAAAUAUGGGACCAAGUAUUGGAUGAAUUUCCAGUCUAGAGGUGGGGCCCUCAUAUAAAUGUGGCAUCAUAUAAAACUAGAUGAACUAAUGCAUCCAUUGGUACCAACACCGUCAUGCUAGCAUGUUGGGAAGGGGGCUAAAUAAUGGAUGGAAAAACUGGCAUGGCCAUUUGCAAAGGGACCCCUUGACAUCUGUCCUCUGACCUCAAGAUAUCUGAAUGAAAAUGGGUUAUGGGUACCCACGAGUCUUCCCUUUGCAGACAUGCCCACUUUAUGCUAAUCCCAUGCAGUUUUGAGUAAAAACCCUGCAGCUUUUUAGUUUUCCCUAAACAUUACUGGAAGUGCAUGAAUUGGGGAUGACUGGAAAGCUGAGACACAUACCCCCUCCCAGUAAAAAAAAGUCUAGACCGACCCUGUGAGUUUCCAUUUUGCUGCUGUGUGACAUUGCACGGAAACCUGUGUGACAGGUGAGAAAUAAACUGCUCGGAUACAGUCUAAAUGUCUCGAGAGAACGACACCAAAUGUGUUAGCGGAGUUCAGCUUCUCUGUUGUUGCAGCACGUUGUCGAUGAAUCUGUGCUACUCAGCUGAAUAUCAGCUGUCAAAUUGGCUUUAAAGAACCAAAGUUAAAGCCACAGUUUGAGCUGAAAAGCAAUUAUUCUAAGAACAGAAGUUCUCUAUGUUCUGCACUUGUCCGUCAUUGUUAUUAGUUGUUAGUAUUUUGUGGAGCCACCAGGUCAGUGUGAAGCACUUUAGGCACGUAGGGUGUACGGGGGUCGACACCAGUGUGUUUUGUGAAGAUGUUUUUCCCUUGCUUACAUUGUCAGAUAGUAGUAGUAGACAGUACUUCUGAAUGUUGUAAAAACAACCUGUUGCAGCAGAAAGCAUAGCCAUUAUGUACACAAUGCUUUAUCAGUGAAAAAUAAAUGUAAAUGUAGUCUAACUGUUCAUUUCAUCAGGCUGCAGUGUCGAUGUAAACAGCUGCACUGAAUAAUGCAGAGAAUAAAAAUGACAUGACUGACAACUA